AUGAAGAAGAAACGCAACCUCUCCGUCUUUGAUGCCAUUCAAGAGUUGGAAUCUGAUGAUGUAAAGGCCGAAAAGAAACGGCGGAAACGUACAACAACCGACCGUCUUCGUGCUGAAGCUGCUCAAUCCCAAUCGAAAGUCUACAAUCAUUUGGUAGAGUGUCGAAUUCUGUUGCAGCGAGCAACGACCUCGGUCGGAGAGGAAGAGCAGAAUGAUGCUGUCGAACAAGACUGUAACACUCUACUAAAGUCACUGCUGCAAGCAAGAAGUAAGCUCGUCAGUGGGGAUCCCGAUGUAGAUGGGAAAUAUGAGGACGUCGUCAACAGUUCUUGUGAUGACUUGGAUGCCGUUUUGCAAGAAGAAUACGAGGCCUGCCGAGACAUAUGGAAGACUGUCUUGAACAAACGGCACAAUAAUUUGAAGCUUCACUCAGGUUUAACAGCCAAAAGUCAAUUCAAGGUCAUGGAUUCUUCCUUUUGGGAACAAGUCGAGGGGACAAUGGAAUAUGAGGGUCUUCGAGAGAAUGAUGACCAGAAAGAUACUUUCGAUGACUCAAAGGUUUAUCAGCAGCUACUCAAGGAUUUUGUUGCAACCUCGGCGAAUGCAAAUAGUGCAACGCCUCGUCCCGAGAAAUCGUCAAAGAAUUCCAAGAAAAAGCAAGUUGAUCGCGGUGCCAGUAAGGGACGAAAAAUUCGAUACAAGGAAAUUCCAAAGCUUGUAAACUUCACUUUUCCACUUUCCAGAAACAACACUUCAAAUCUUAAUCAGGACGAGUGGUUUCAGAGUUUGUUUGGAGGGGCUGGGUCAAAGAAGUCAUAA